GGCAAAUAUUAAAAUUUCUUUUUUCUUUUCUCAGUUUCCUUCUUUCCCAGAUAGCUGCAACGCCAGUACUACCCAUCUCCUUCAACCAAACCUUCUGCCCCACCAGACUUCUUCAUUCCUCUAUUUACGACGGCCAACCUUAUUAAAAAAGGUAGUUAAACUCGUUCUACACCCAAACAAAUCUGUCGCGUGCACUUAACAUUGAAUUCCUCUGGUUGUUCGUGGGAACGACUUCUAGGGUUUCGAAUUGUACUGUUUUGCAGAUUUUGAUCCUGUUAGUUUUGUUGAAUCUGGGUAUUAAGGUUUAAUGUCUUGCGAAUUUCGAUUGACCGUAGAGGCUUUAGUUACCUAUGUUCUUGUCCAUCCGUAUUGUCCCUGAAUAUUAUCGAGUGAACUCCAAGCCUCCAUUAAUGGAGGAUGAACACUGAAAUCAUGUUUUUCAACCAACUAUCAACUUACACUCCUCUGCCAAACAAAAUUGGAAUGUACUUGAGGUUCCAACGCAAUUCUAGUUGUUCACCUGUGGAAGAUUCACAUAAUCGAGCUUCUGAAAUCGUCAUCAAUGGCUUAUAGACAUUGAAAUUGAGCUUCAGCAAAUCAAUGAAAACUUUAUGUGAAGCAAAUCUAACGUAAUCUAUCCUAACCAAAAGGAGGUUCCAGGCAUGUCCCUGAAAGUUGAAAUCGGGACCUUCAAAACUUGUUUGGAAUGUGAGUAGAGCUCCCAAGCAUCCAUUAAUGGCAGAAGCUCCAAAGAUUAAUCCAGCGAGGGGUAUUUAGGUUCUUGAGGAAGAAACAUCCAUUAAUUGCCUGGGUUUCUCGAGGCUAGCGACGACGAGCCAGAUCGGAACCACCGAACUGUGAAAGAGAAAAUUGACCAUCCAUGACCAUAUCUACGCACUGGAGUUCAGGGAAAGAGGAAGGAAAGGAAAAGAAAAAGCGUUUAAAAAAAAGAAAAAUUAAAUAAUUCCUACUUGGGCUGCCACGUGGCUAAACGCACUGAUAGCUAACCUGGAAACCUGUUGGUGACCUGCAAAAUAGUUCAAUUGGACGUUUUUUAAGAGUUUGAGGGUUUAAUUGGGCGUUUCCAAAGUAUGAAGGUUUAAUUGACUUUUUCGAUACAGGGCAUAUUUAACACUUUUCUCUCUUUUUUUUUUUAAUCCGUACCCAUUUAUACAUUACCAAUUUGAUAUUCUGAGUCUGAUUACUAGAAUCCGAUUCAUUAUGUACAGUUUUGACUUUUGACUAAUUUUUGUUACUAAAUGCCGAUAGGAAUGUGACACCAAGACCCCUCGUUCUCCAAAGUUGGCUGUUUCUUUCCGCCGCUCUCUCAGCCUAAAACCAGUGCUAUCCUGCGCCUUCCGACUUUGUCUGCCGACUGGUCACUGCUCGCCGGCCGCCGCUCCAGUCCUCGUCGUUUUUUCCGGUCAGAUAUCUUUGAUAUACGGAGAACACCAUUAAAUUCAAGCGAUUGGGUUGUUAAAUUAGUUUACAUGUGUUUGAUUAAAUUCCUGACAUACUAGGCUACUAAUUACAGGUAAAGACGUGAUGAUGUUCUUGAUACAAAAAAUUAUUUAUAUGUAUUUAUACAUUGAUAGAAGUUUAGUUUCUCUUAUUUUUUGCAGUAUCUAAUAGUUAAUAGUAUGAUCUUCCAUCUUCAUUCAUUCAUUCCAUCUCUCUAUCACAGUAGGCUGUUUUCACUUUCUCGGUUGGAAUCAUCCCUCCAUGGCAGAAAAUGAAGCUUCAAAUUCGGUAAAAGACCGUGCUUCAAGCGAGCUGAGCUCGAUUACGAAUGUCAAACGCUUGCAUUUCUGGCUUCUACUAUCCCUGAAUGUGGUGUUCCUCUUGGUUGGUCAGGCUGCUGCUAUCAUUCUUGGGAGAAUUUACUAUGACAAAGGCGGGGAACAGUACAUGGUUGGCCACAAUUAUUCAGACAGCUGGGUUUCCUGUGCUUUUAAUCCCUUAUUUUCUUAUUCCAUCUCCCAAACAACACUCGGCUGAUUCAUCAAACCACCCCAAACCUCCACCAUCCGCCAUCAAGGUUGCUAUGACCUACCUCUUGCUUGGUGCCCUCAUUGCCGGGGACAACAUGCUAUAUUCCAUUUCACUUUUGUACCUAUCCGCCUCAACUUAUUCCCUUAUUUGUGCAACACAACUAGUCUUCAAUGCCAUUUUCUCAUUUUUCAUCAAUGGCCAAAAAUUCACAGUGUUUAUUUUUAACUCUGUGAUUGUCCUCUCGUUAGCUGCGAGUAUGCUUGCCAUUGACGAGGACUCCGAUAAACCUUUGGGCGUAACUAGGGGGAAAUAUAUAUUUGGAAUUAUUGCUGCUAUCAUAGCCUCUGCGUUGUACUCCCUCACACUCUCCUUGAUGCAGCUUUCGUUUCGGAAAGUGAUAAAGAGAGAAACUUUCCGUGUGGUUCUUGAAAUGCAAAUAUUUACAUCACUGGUAGCCACGGCAGUCUCCACCGCUGGGCUUUUUGUGAGUGGAGAAUGGAGAACUUUGCCGGGAGAAAUGCACAGUUUCACUUCAGGAAAAGCUGCGUAUGUGCAGGUGUUAGUGUGGACAGGCGUGGGGUGGCAGAUAUGCGCGGUUGGUGUUGUGGGUUUGAUUUUUGUGGUGUCCUCACUCUUCUCAAAUGUUAUUAGUACUCUUUCUCUAGCUGUCACUCCUGCUGCUUCGGUGAUCAUCCUGCACGAUAAGAUGAGCGGUAUCAAAAUCAUUGCCUUGCUAAUGUCAAUGUGGGGUUUCACAACUUACAUAUAUCAGAAUUACCUGGAUGAUUUGAAGGAAGGGAAAUCACGCAUUGAUUCGAGUAAUAAUAAUGUUCCUAAUGAUACCCGUUGUUAAUCAUAGUUGGAUGCAUCAGACCUUUCACAAUAAAGGAUCAAGUUUCACAUAAGAUAAGCAAGUUACAUUUGACAAAUAAAUUAUUUUUAUUGUCCUCCUUGAAGUGUAAAGUGUACCCUCCCAGCCCAGGCCAAGUAUGUGGAGUCCUUUGAUUUUGGAAGGAAUUCCUACUUCUGAGAGCUUUAUAACAAGCUUUAGUGAGAGAAAAAUGCACAACCCUUAUUUCCUCCGUGCGUUAUUCAAGUUCACAUGACUUUGGUCCAUAUGAUUUAUUCAAAUUCGUUAUGUUAAGUGUGAAUGUGUG